AUGAAACUUCUACUUCUGACCAUUGGUUUGUGCAUGGCCAAUGCAUUUACCCCUGAUACUCAGGUCUCUGCAUACCCGGACUUCAAACCUGAACAGAUCAAUGGGGUGUGGUUCUCCAUUGCAGUGGUAUCCAACAGACGUGAGGAAAUAAUUCCAGGUGGAAAAAACAGAUUUCAAAUCUACUCCUUCCAAACCAAAGAAAAUGGAAAUAUCCACACAAUUACCUACAGCAAUUGGAGUGAUGUAUGUCAACAAGUUAACAUCACACUCAUUGAAACUACGAUCCCUGGCCAAUACCAAGUUAAUGAUCUUGACGAUAACUACUUUGUCAUGGAAGAUACUGACUAUGAGAACUUUCUAAUUGUGUACUGUCAAAUGGGGAAGAAUAGUGGACUGUGGCAACUAUUUGGAAGAAAUCCAAAUAUGCCUAGAAUGUAUGAAGUGAUAUUUGAGAGUAAAGUCUCAUCUCGUGGUUUCCCAAAAAAGGAUAUUUCUUACUUCAGUGAAAAAGUUACUGUGGACAGGCAGUUAGGUGGAAUUGUGGAUAGAGUGACAGGCCUGGAGUCAGCAUUCGGCCAUCUCCGGCCAUUUCGGCACCACAGCCGCUGGCGGCUAUAA